AUGGCGCAAUCUGUUGUAGGAUUCGGACUUGUUCCCCAAAUCAAGGGUCUAAGCAGUGGCGUAGAUCGAAGAUGGGUGGCGGCCCGCGCAGAAAAUAACGAUGUCGGGCAAAGAAAAGGGUACAAACCCAUUCAUGUCCUCCACAGUGGACGACGGCCGCCUCCACUGAAAUGUGCAAAUCAGAAUCAACUGCAACAAGGUAGGCGAACUCCUUGGCGAGAAGAAGAUCAGCGGCCAGAUGCACUAGAAGAGAAAGGGAACGCUCAAGCAAGUUAUAUAGCACCCCUUCCUGAUGAAGGCUAUCCUCUGCAACAGCCUGGUGGGUACCCUCCCUACACUUACAGCCAGCCUGGUUCCCCUCCCUACAACCAGAGUUGUUACCCUUACUCUGCUUAUCCUCCGCAACAGCCUGGUGGGCAUCCUCUGCAACAGACUGGUGGGUAUCCUCCCUACAGCCAGGAUGGCUAUCCUUCCCCUGGUUACUCUGCCUAUCCCCAGCAGUAUCCUCCGCAGCAGCUUUACCCUAAUGUGGGCUAUUCACAGUAUCAGUAUCCUCAGCAGCAUCCUCGACAACAGGCUUAUCCUAAUGUGGGCUAUCCACAGUAUUAUAUCCUCCGCAGCAGGCUUAUCCUAAUUUGGGCUAUCCACAGUAUCCCAAGUUGA